AUAACAUCAUCAUAUUUUCACACAGUCCUAAAAGUAGAUCAGGAGAGUCCAAUUAAACAAAUGAGCCAGAAAUAUUUGACUUGGUCAUUUAUUUAUUGAGUAAAAUGAUCCAAUGUUACUUAUAUUACAUGUGUGUACUGAACCAGACUGAGAGAUGACAGACUCAGGAAACCUUUACAGGUGUUUUGAGUUAAUUAUCUGAUUAGAGUCUUCUCAGGUCGACAUUUCUGUAUUAUAAAUUCUUUACUCUAAUAUUUUGAGAUGCUGGAGUUUUGAUUUCCACGAGCUGUAAGCCGUAAUCAUCCAGAUUAAAGCAAAAAAGACUUGAAAUAUUUCACGUUAUGUGUAAUGAAUCUAGAAUGUAUGAAAGUUCCAUCUUUUUUUUUAUUUUUAUUAAAUUACAUGGGGAAAAUGAACUUUUCCACGAUAUUCUACUUUUUUUUUUUUUUUUAGAUGCACCCGUACACAAACCCCUCUAAACGCAGCACCAUGAGAAAACGUCAUGACUUCGCGCAUGCGCACUGAUGAGGAAAGCGGUGCGUUUAAUUCUCCGGAAUACCGGUAGAGGGCGUGAGGUGGUCACGUGACCGGAAUUAAAGAUGUCUGCUACGGAAGAAGACACGGAGCUAAGAGACCUUCUGAUUCAAAAUUUGGAAAAUAAUGGCGUUCUUAACAAGAUUAAGGCUGAGCUUCGAGCUGCUGUAUUUCUGGCUUUAGAGGAGCAAGAUAAAGUGGAGAACAAAACUCCUCUUGUAAACGAGAAUCUGAAAAAGUGUCUCAGCACUAAAGAUGGGCGCCUUGUGGCCAGUUUAAUCACAGACUUUCUGCAAGUGUUCAAUCUCGACUUCACCCUUGCAGUUUUUCAGCCAGAAAUUAACACGGUAAAUGGACUGGACACCCGUGAAGGUUUGUCCAAGGAGCUCGGCUUCUCCGAAUCCGAGGGGAAUAAGAGCACGCCUCUGCUGCUUGAAUUAAUUAAGGGAGGCAGAAACAAGGAGAAGUUCUCCAUCUUCUCUGAAGCAGAUCGGGCGACGCAUAUUCCCAAGGAACCGUCUCCUCGUCAGAUUUCUGAAGCACAAAGAUGUUUCGACAGCAGGCGCAAGGAUAGGAGUGGUGGUUUAGUCAAAGAAGAAGUCCUUGGUGUUUUCUCAGAGCUUUUCCCCAGUUUUAGCAGAGGCAUGCUAGAACGAUUCGUGGCCGAUGAACUCGGAGCCAAAGAUAUAAGUAAUUCUGUAGACUUUCAGGAAUUUUCGGGGCUGUUUAAACAACUUUAUUUACAGUGCAGAAGUGUGGUUGCCAGUGACGUAAGUGUUGGAGUUCACCCCGUGAGUAAGGUUACCGAGGAGAAGAUCAGUCCAUCGCCUACCAGCAAGAUACCCAGGUAUAAGGGAUUUAGAAAGGCCAGUGCAGCGCAGGAAGAGCCGCCUGGGCCUCAGGCCGGAGAACCCCCGAGUCACUGUGAGUCACUGAUCUCCCAGAAGAGCAGAGCUUUUGUGGCCAGCGAAGGGUUCAUCACCGGCAGGGACGAACCCGCAGCUCUGAGGAGACCUCUAGACCUAGGCCUGGAGGACGAUGACGACGAGGAAGGGGACUCGUUCUUCGACGAUCCUCUCCCAAAACCUCAGAAGACCUACGGCUGUAGUUUGCCCUCCACAGAUAAGCCAUACACAGGGCAAAGACUUUCUGAAAAGAGCUUUAGUCAGAAAGAGAGUCAGCACCCGCAGAGGGAGGAGAGCCUGGCAGGGCCGUCCUUUUCCAAAAUGAGGAGGGGUACUAGCCUCAAUGAUCUGUCUGCUAUAGGCAGUGACACUGAGGGUGAAGGAGAGGACAUGUUCUCAGAUGCUGAGAACAAGCCCAGCACUAACUCUGAGUCCAGGAGAGUAGGAUCUGCAAAGGCAGCUGGGAUAACUCCUCCAGCCCCGACGGAUACCCCACCAUUAACUAGUGCAGAAAACAACCAAAAAGACCCUGUCUCCAGUAAAGACGGUAUAAAAACGUGUACACACCUGGAAAUCGACUACUCCUACCUCGUCUAUAGUGAGUCUAAAGUCAAGGGCGUUCAGGAUAUAAAAACACUGAAGGAGAAAGCCGGAUCCCCUCUGCCCACAGAUGAAGAACUCGAUUACGACGAUGACUUCAACAGUCAUAACUCAAAGAGCGAGCUGAGCAUCAGUGAGGAGAUCGAAGAGGCCUCCGUCGAGGGACCGGAUCUGAGUGACAAGCUCGAAGAGAUCACUCAAGACGUGAGCGUGUCCCAGACGAGCCAGGCUGCAGAUUACAUGGAAGACGUGGCGUGACGAGCGGACAACACCUAACACCUUUUAUUUUUAUUUUUUAUUUUUUUUUGUGUGUGUAUUUAUGUACGUAAUUGUGUAAACUACAUGUCCGCAGUUCCUAUUAAACCUCUUUUGUUCACUGUUGA